UCUACGGUGAUGACCGGUUCUAAGGUUGCUCUGGGCCCUUGACUCUUAAAUCUCCCGUGCCAGUUUCACGGUUAUCCAGAAGCAGAUGCCCGAGAGGCCUUUGGGCAUUUCUGGAUCCUUUGGCCUCCCCUUGGUUUGACCUCUCCAGAGUGACACAGGUUCCGGUCCAGACCUGAGAGGGGCUGACAGUACAGGAGGUACAAAAGCCAGAAGUUGAGACUCUGUUGGUUGCCAAGCCCAAGAAAGCCACUGGUGUCACCUUGGCCUUCGACACAGUUUCUUCCCUUGCAAGACCCAGCAACGGGCACGCAGCCUGGCCCACAGGAAGAUGGCCAAGUCUCUUUUCAAGGGCCCCCUGACGCUCUGGUAUUUUAACUUGAUCAACUCUGAGAAAAAACUGACCGAAAAGUUCCAAGAGAACAAAUAUUUCCCAUUCCAGGUCCAGCAGCCCAAAGUGUUUGUGAUGGAGUAUUAUAAGGACAUGAUCUGGAAGGGCGGACUGAUUCUCCUGAUUUCUCUGGUGGCUAGUAUCUUCUACUUCAAAGCAAAGAAGGGCUCCCAGGACUUCUCGGUGUUCUUCGUCUACGGCAUGCUGGCCGGCCUCUGGAUGGUGGUGAGCAACAUGAACAAGCGGCGCCUGAUCAUCAACCACGUCCGGGAGAGCUACCAGUUCUACAUCAAGGGCAUCCUUUGGCACGAGGGCCCCUUGCACCAAAUCUAUGUCCGCCUGGUCGCCCAGCGCGAUGCCUAUGGCAAGCUCUUCUACAGCCUCAUCAUCAACGGCUACCGUCUGGAGGUCCUCACCCUGAUCGACCUGUCGGAGAACUACGAGGUGAUCGAUUCCCUGGGGCGCCGGCUGGCACGCAACCUGUACCUCAACUACUUUGAUUACGAGGACGUCUCCACCCGCCACGUCAUCAGGCACUCGCCCCCCAUCCUGAAGGAAGAGGAGGAGGAGGAGGAAGAGGAGGAGGAGAACAAAGAAGGGGACUACGGUGACAACCUAACCGUGUGAAGGAGGAAGGUUUAAAGGAGAUGGUGGGGGGAGGGAGGGUAUCCGGCUAGGAAAGGGGAGGGGAAGGAGGUGGGCCCUUGUUUCUGUAUCUUUGCAGGCCAUCGUCCCCCCAGAA